AUUUUGAAAUGCAAGUAUCCAUCCUCCGCCAGCGCGUCCAAAAAGCCUACAGCCUCGGGGACAGAAUCAAGCUUCUGUGUGCGUACGAGAACUCCCCUCUUUCCACCUGUGCCAUUUGCGCCAUUGAGGGGAUUGUGUGGUCCACGUUGCAGACUUGGCUCACCAAGAAGGCGAAGUACUUGGCCACUACGCGGAACAAGAAGCUCUCCUCGCUUGGUGGGCAAGGACGCCAGGUGCACAUGACGUUUGGAACUGACCUCCUGGCCUACAUGAGAAAUGUUAGAGGCGAUAGCCACAACCUCACGACGUCGCACAUGAUAACUUGGCUAAAGAACCAUCAACCAGAAUGGCUGGAAUCCUACCUCGGGAGCAAGACCAACGUCGACCGAGCGUACAAGUGCCUGUUGGUGAUGUGCCAACGUUUCACCCAUCGCCAUGGUUUUGCCCAGCGAGUACCGUGUUUCUCGAAGUUGAAGAAAGCCGAGCUCCAAGAGCUCCAAAUGUCGUUUUCGGCGUCUUUUUGGACGAAAUACGGAGAGCAGCCGCUGCGCGACAUCGUCAACGUUGACGAAACUGCGGUAAACUACGACAUGCCGCCAAGACGAAUUUGGUGUGAAGUUGGUGAAACGUCGGAGGUCGAAGCUAAAGAGAAGCAUUCCGAUCAGCUUAAAGCGGUGUUGGCAAUUUGCGCCGAUGGAACAAAGUUGCCCAUUCUUUUUAUUGUGCGCGGGACUCCAGGCGGUGCAAUUUAGUCGGAAGAGCUGCCAACGUAUCCUCCUGGGCAUGUCUACGCUGUCCAGGAGACGGCGUAGAUGGAUGAAAGUGUUUGGAUAUAUUAAAUUUAUCUGAACGAACUUUUGAAGUUUGAAUUAAUUGGCCACUCUGUCAUUUUGGUCGACAACCUGGCGUGCGUCGUACAAGACUGUUGACGAGGAGCUUUUCGGCUUUCUGUAGCCGCUGCCGCCCAACUUAACGAGCGUGAUCCAACCACUGGAUCUCGGUGUCAUGGGCCAAUUGAAGGCGAAACUGCG